AAGAAGAGAUUUUUACUUUAUUUUAUCUAUUAAAAAUAAUAAUUUUUGAGAAAAUAUGAUAAAGCGGUUGCUUUCCUAUUCUGCACCUCGUUUGCCUGUGCUGGAUUCUGCAGCAGCAAUCGAAAACCAUUGCCGGGUUGUCCCAUCGUCCUUGUAUAUCUGCCUGUGAUAAACGAGAGCCUCGGAAUCGGUCUGCUUCGUUGCUGUCGGAACUCCGGGGUCAAACUAUGCUUCGAUCGAGGUGGAAGGCUAACUACAAUAGGGCGAUAAUUAUGAAGCCGAAGAAUUAACGAGAACAAAGGUGUGGCAAUUAGGGUGGGAGAUGUUGGAGGGUGGUCAAAAGUUUGCCGGGAUUAUGGGGCUGAAUAAUCAUGAUAACUGUCACUUUGAUUUAUCACAAGGAUGCUAUCAUAAACUUGGGGAUGGCACCAACAUGUCAAUCAAUAGUUUCGGAAGCCUUCAGACGAGCAAUGAUGGAGGUUCUGUUGCGAUGUCCGUGGAUAACAGUAGCAUUGCUUCCAACGAAUCCCAUACUCGUAUGUUGAAGCACGAGGGUCUUCGGAACCGCGUUUGUGAUAAUUACUCAACUGCUUAUAGUGUUAAUAACCGUCGAGGCAGAGUAACGCAUCCUUUGAGCGAUGAUGCACUGGCCCAGGCCCUGAUGGACAAUAGUUCCCCAACUCUAGGCCUCGAGAAAUUCGAUGACUGGACCCUUGAUCUGACGAAGCUCAACAUGGGCCCUCCUUUUGCGCAGGGGGCUUUUGGUAAGCUCUACCGGGGGACUUAUAAUGGCGAGGAAGUUGCCAUCAAGAUCCUUGAGAGGCCUGAGAAUGACCCGGGAAAGGCCCAACUGAUGGAGCAGCAGUUCCAGCAAGAAGUCAUGAUGUUAGCUACCCUAAAUCAUCCUAACAUAGUUCGGUUUAUAGGUGCCUGCAAAAAGCCAUUGGUCUGGUGCAUUGUGACGGAAUAUGCAAAAGGCGGUUCGGUAAGGCAGUUCUUGACGAAAAGGCAAAACCGGUCAGUUCCACUCAAAUUGGCCAUUAGGCAGGCACUAGAUGUUGCGAAGGGAAUGGCUUAUGUUCAUGGCCUCGGGUUCAUUCAUCGGGACCUGAAGUCUGAUAACCUCUUGAUUAAUUCUGAUAAGACUAUCAAGAUUGCUGAUUUUGGAGUUGCAAGGAUUGAGGUGCAGACUGAAGGGAUGACACCAGAGACUGGAACUUAUCGCUGGAUGGCUCCGGAGAUGAUCCAGCAUAGGCCCUACACUCAGAAAGUCGACGUGUACAGCUUUGGGAUAGUCCUCUGGGAGCUCAUCACAGGAUUGCUUCCCUUUCAGAACAUGACCGCAGUUCAGGCGGCAUUUGCAGUGGUGAACAAGGAGGUCCGGCCGAUCAUCCCAUCAGACUGCCUCCCAAUCCUCAGCAACAUCAUGACCCGAUGCUGGGACCCAAACCCCAAGACCAGGCCCACCUUUACUGAGGUUGUGAGGAUGCUCGAGUAUGCAGAGACAGAGAUUCUAACGACUGUCCGGAAGGCCCGGUUCAGGUGCUGUAUAUCACGGCCUAUGACUCUGGAUUAAUUGAUGAAGAGAAAUCAUAUAUGAAGGAGGCUGAGGAGGAUGUCCAUAUUGUCUCCAAUCUGUGUUCAUCGUUUCUAAUUUUCUUAUUUCUUAAGAUGGAAAAAAUUAUGGAAGGAGCGGUCUGAUUACUGCAAGACCCAUAUACCUUGUUGCUCCCUUAGCUGUAGAUGAGGAUAUAUUGCUGUAUAUGUAUACGAACUUCUGCUUUUGCAUAAAAUGUGUAAAACCGUACCAUUAUUUCUUCCAUAAAUCUGCUCUGUCAUGUUUGAUAUGAAAAAUGUAAAUGGAGAUGGAUCCAUCCUAUAA